AUGAUGAACCAAAACGACUACAAUGGCGUUCCUGAGCACAUAAACGAUUUUCCAUGGAAUUUUAUCACUGGGGAAGAUUUGAAAUCUGUCAAAUUGACGGCGGAAAAGAGGGAAGAAAGGAAAUCACGCAAUGGGAACACACUGGCAACCGGAGAAGAGACUCUCACAAACACGGCCGUUUUUUCGUUGAGUUACGAAAAGGUGAGACAGAAUAUCAACAAUUAUUUUUUAUCUAGUCGGUUCAUUCAAAAAUUUUCCAAGCUUAUGUUUUUCAGGUGCGGCAACAUAAUGCGAACAAAGGAUUUCAUGAGGUUGCUCUAGUGCACCCUGAAUUCGCGGCUCGUGUCUUAAAAAAAGACAUCAAAGAUUUCACCAAAGAGGAGAAGGGAAUGUUUUUCGAGAACAAAGACAACAAGAGCGUCAUUGUCCUUCUUAACGUCCGCAGUCACUUCUCGGUGCUCAUCGUCAGAAUAAAUGGGCGUGCAACACUCUUGGAUUCCCUUUACGUGAAAAGAGAAAGACUGCAGUUGAAAGCCAAAACAUACCGCAGUUUAGCGAUUUUGUUCGGUGGAAACGGGGAGGUUGCAGUUAGAAAUCAAGUACAGCGGCAAAACGGUGGAACAAACUGUGGCAUUUACGCCAUUAACUUUUGCUUCUCUUUUUGCGAUGGAAAGAAGUACGAGUACAAUCCAUGGAACAUUUGUGAGCAAAGGAAAACGUUACGGAAACAGUUGCACAAUCUGAAGAUGGAAUUCUGUGGUUUGGAUGAUGGAGACGAGGAAGAGGUUGAAAAACGAAUUCAUGUUUCACCUUGCUCAAGUUGAAUUUCAGAUGAACAAAAUUAUUAUGGAAAACGAUCAAUAUAAGGAUGUGGAUGAUGAAUAUCCGGAGGAAGACGCUAGCAGCGGAAUUGUCGGAGAGCAGUCGGAAUUGGGAAAAGUCGCAGAAUGUGAGAAGAGAGAAGUGAGUUACCAAAGGAAAUGACUGGUUUUGUUUUAAAAAAUCAUUCAAAAACUGAUAACGCAAUUAAAUAGGAUCUCAUCAAGUUAUACACUGAAUUUCAGAUCACGUGGAGGAAGAGAAAGAUCGAUGAGACGGAUGAGAAGGAGAACGACAAUUCGGCCGAGAAGAACACUCGGACAAGUUAUCAGAGAGAUAUUUGA